GUCAAAGAUGGCCCAAGACCAAACCUCCUCCUCCACCUGGUAUAAUUGUUUCAUUUCAUGAAAAAGGUUGGAUGGAUGAAUCAGCGCAUAUCACUGAUACCAUCAAGGCAACAAUUCAAGAUAAUAAUAGUGAUCUCGUUGUUAUUCCUGAUGGCUUAACUUCUCACUUUGUCGUUAUUGGCAUGAAUGGAUGGCAAGUGGAGACCACAACAAAACAAGCAGAAAUUAAUCCUGAAAUUAUUCGACGUGCUUUUCGCAAGUGUUUUAUUUCUAAUGCUUUAGAUGGGUCUGAGGAUGAUGAAAUAUAUAACGAUGAAGUCUUUGAUGAUAGAA